AUGGCGGCCCCCGACCACCUCGGCGCGCUCAUCAAUGUCGUCCUCAAAAACCUAAAAUUCCAGCACGACUGGGCCGACGUACAGGAAUGCAUCCGGCCCAAUCUCUCCCGAUCGCUUCUCUACGGCCUGCCCCCGAAGCGCCUUUACGUGCAUCCAGACGAGCAGAUCGACAUCAUCAAGGCUGAAAAAGAGCGCGGGGAACCCAUCCCACAAGAACCCGAAGUGGAGUGGGUGCUCCCGCUACACCUCUCCGAGAAAUGGUCCCCAGCGCAAUUUGCAGCUGUCUUCGACGCCAUCGAUGCCAUUCCGCCCGGUGGAACGGAUCGGGAGCACGCGGUGGACGCGGAGGGCGGCGUGGAGGAGCAUUGGAGGCUUUGGAGGGGCCCGAAACGCGGGAAGCGGAUCUUGUUGGCUACGGUGCAGGACGACUCGACGGUCACGUACUACUGGAUUUUUGAUGGGUUGGUGAAGCCGAGGCAGAACUGA